UAAUUCUCUUAAUAAAUUCCCCGAAAAAUCCGUAAACAUGGUGACAAAGUCCUAAGAAUUUCUCAGGAAUUUCCAGAGAAUAUUUCUGGAGAAAUUCUGAUGAAUUUCGUGGGGAAAAAAUCCGGAGAAUUUCUCAGAAAUUUCUCGAAACUGAGUCUCAAAACUGUGAUCCCACAAAAAUCUCUCAUCUUGGGGACCAAUUAUAGGGAAAUUUCUCGAGAAUUUCCGAGGAAUCAGUUACAGGAAAUGAUUCUCGAGAAAUUCCUCGGAAAUUCCUUAAAGAAAGUCACCACGGUUGGAUAAUCUGGAGAAAUUCCUCACUUUUGUUACUUGGGUUGUUUUAAACAAACAGUUAAGAAGUCAAAACUUUGAAAAUUUACAAUGUUUGACCUCGAUGCACAAACAUUUAUCAUUAAAUAUACGUAUACUAUUCGAUUCAGGAAAUAAAUGAGGAUUAUUGGUACUGUUUAAACCAAAGGUGCGACUAUAAAUCAAAAAGGAAAAUUCACAGGACAAAGACGGUAUAGCAAAUGGUGGAAAUAAAUUAGAAAUUCCAAGAUUCCACAAAUUUCCUUGUUACGCCUCCACUUUAAAGAAAGAGUCAAUUAUAAUUACGCAUGAAGUCCCCUAAAUCUAAUUUAAAAAGAAUAAUGUAAAGAAGGUGGGAUGAAGAUUAUUCUACUACUCCUCUUUAUAAUUAAUUCAGCUGGUUUAGUGGGCUGCGAUGAAAUUUUUCAAUAUUUCGACGAAAGAUUUAAACUGAAGAUUGGGGGAGACCCUCCAACUGUCAAGGAAGAGUUUGCUUGGAGGGCACUAUCUGGUGAAGGGGGAGAAGAGAUGAAACUAAAAUGUCCGGUUUUUGGAAAUGGAAAUAUGUUCUACAGAUGGUGGAAGGAUGGAGAGGAGAUAGAUGAACUCUGGGGAUGGUUUAGAAUAUCUCCAGGAUCUCACAGAACUCUCAAGAUUAAGAGACUCUCAGAGGAAACUCUUGGACGGUCAGAAUUUCAAACUUAUUAUAGAAGGUACAAAUGCCGAGGAACGAAUGGAUUUGGUUCAGAGGAAUUCAAUUUUCGGGUUGAUUAUACUCAGGAGGAAUCAUUUAAAUAUUUAGAUAUAAGAAGUGUUCUUGAACCAGGAGAACUAGGAAAUAUUACAGUGAGAGAAGGGUUCCCCAUAAGGUUAUCCUGCACAGUCAAGUUUAAAGAUAAGUUGACACUGAAAUGGAUUAAACUGGAGAAGGAUGUUGAGGAACAGAACUUGCAUCAACUUCACGAGAGCUCGUUUAAGGUAAUUGAAGAGCCAACUGAUGAAAGAUUUGCUGUUACAGAUGGAUAUCAAAUUCAAGAUGGUCAAUAUCUGCAUAGGUUAAGUAUUCUUGCCGCGCAGCCUGCUGAUGCAGGAAUUUAUGUCUGUGUCGUCUUCCUUCCGGGAGCCAACAAUCUCAACGAAGCAUUUGAUUCCCAAUUUGGAUCUGUCAAAGUUUUAAGCAAUGCAGAGCUUUCCGAGGGAAAAUCUUCUAUUUCUAGAUAUAGAUCUGAGCUGUUAACUGUGCUAGCUGUUCUUCUACCGAUAUCAUUCCUGCUUUUUCUCGUUGCUAUUCUCCUCCUGUGGAAGAUGAAUAAGGACUGCUGUGUAAGUGUAAAUAAACGGCGGAAAGAAGAUCUGAAGAAAGAACAGACUCAUCAAGCAUUUGUUUGAAACCAGAAGUCGAUGUCAUUAAUUAUAUUUUAAUCUGUAAUAAACAAAAUGAAACCUC